AAAAUAAGUCAAAAUCAACGUGUUUUCCAAAAAUUAUCGAUAAAAACUAAGUAUAUUAAAGACCAGUUGCCUAAUUUUCUGGGCGAAAAUUCUUCGUACCGUAUGCCGUAAUGCAUUCGGAGUUUUUCGACAUUCUCUGAUUUCAGAGAUUUCUACUUCAGAAGGAUUAUAUUUUAAAUGACGACCGUGUUGCAUACCGGGAUAUAAACACUUCACCAGAGCCAACUUGAAGUACCCAGAAGAAGUGAAAGAGUUGAUCUCGAAAAUCUUUCAAAAUAUUUUUAGAAGAAAAAAGAAAUUAAUUUUCUAGUUAUGUUAUGAGUGAUAGUGAAGCCGACGAGAACACCUGUCUGAUGUCAAGUGAAUCUACUUCGCAAUUGUGUCCUACAGGCGACAGUGAUACUCCAAUGGAACGGGAUUUGGUAAGUUUCAAAAGUUGACAGCUUUUUUCAUGUCACAUUUUAUAUAAAUAUUAUUUUUAAAACCAAAGAACCAAAUGCUCAUAAUACCCAUUCCUUAAAAUAAUAUUUAUUAAUGAAUAGCAUUUUCCUUCAAUCCUCAAAAAACAACAUCUAUUUGAACUUUUAAAUCUGUGGACUUCGUUAUCUUUUGUGUAGAAAUUUGUAGAUAUGUGCUAUCUUCUGACUUCUGAUCGCAGUCGCAUAUUUUUGUAAAGAACACUGAAAUUCACUCUUGAAUAUUCACUAUACACAGUACAAUUUCUGACUGUCAGCGAUAUAUAAGAACGUUUUGUUGCCCCAUGCUCUGCAAUGAAUAUUUCAAGAGCGAAAGUUUGUGUUAUUCACAAAAUAUGACUGCUAGAUAAAAUCUGUGUUGAACUGGGCAAAUUGCCACAUAGAAAGUAAAUUUUGUAUUUAAUCAGAUAUAAAGUAGUUAUAUUUGACACAAACAUUGUCUAAAUUGUGAUAGUGUCAUAAAAAGGUAGAAAAUAUGAACAAAAUUUUGAAAAUGAUAUGACAGCAAUAUUCCUUUUUUUUGAAGACCAAAUGAGCUACAUGCAAUGCAUACUACUGAUGUUUACAAAAUAUACAUGUUCUUAAAUGAACAACUUCGCAAAACGCUUCUUACCAACCGAUUUCAAAACUGUUGCAGUUUUAAAUCAGUUACAGACAAGCAAGUUUUCAUAUAACAACUGAAGGUUUAUUUGCCUGUCUGUAUAGGUAAACUUUGCCAAUUUUUAAUUUCUGUGACAAGUACACUUGAGCUAACAUGCUAGCUUUUGAACAAGUGCACAUGUCAUAGAAAAAAUUGGCAAAUUACAAAUUUUGUUUGUCUGUACUGGUCAACAAAGAAAAAUUGGCAAAAUAAUCUGAGCACUUGCAAUAAUAGGGCCUAAAAAAAGUACCUGUGGUUCCGGUUCCCGACCGACCCUAUUUUUUUCUGCCGACCCUAUUAUUUUUUCAACGCGAUUGACUGUGCGACCCUAUUUUCUCCGGGUGGUUGCAGGCUGCUCAUACAGCGUGCCAAAAUGGCAUCUGUUGUCACACUAAUUAUUGAACCAAAUUGCCUAAAUUUGUCCAUAGGAAAUACAAAUCUCUAGUUUAUGUUGAUGUUGGGACUCUACUGCAAAUCGCCCUGCCAAAAACCGACAAAACCAUCAAAAAAAUAUUCAAAAAAAAUUUAUUUCCGACCUACCGACCCCAAAUUUUCCACGAUAUGAAACCGGAGCCACAGGUAUUUUUUUAGGCCUAGCUAUUGUGGUGGUCAGAAAACCAAAAACUUGUCACAGAAAAUAAUUGAGUGACAAAACUUUGGUUGAUAGGGAUACAACUAUCUGCAAAAUACAAGGAAAACUUCAACGUUUCAAGUGAAGACCCUUCAAGUUAGUAGCUUUUGGUUACUAGUUGGCUACUAACUUCCCAACGAAGGGCUUUCAGGCCUUAAAAUAUCUUUUCCAGGGACGUCUGACAAAAUGUCUGAUGACUUUGAGUUUGGGUCGGACAUAUGUCCGAUGACUUCAGUUCAUUUUGGGUCGGAAAUAAGUCUGAAUAACGCAAAUUAAUAUCAGCAUAAUGUAUUCAUUCUGAACUAAAUGUUGUAAAGAUAUUAAAUAAUUUGUGUCAUUCAUACUUAUUUCCAAGCCAAAAUUAACUUGCUUGCCAAUGAUAGCAGUAUACGACUUCGAUAGCUUAAGCCCGUUUUCCACCUCACCAUUUCACUCGCCGCCUCGCAACAUUUUCAGUUCAUUUUUAUACAAACUCUGGUUCAGGACUAGGGUACUCGGUCGGACACCAAUAUACUCGGGUCGGACAAACAAUAAACCCCAGUUUCACUUAGGUCGGACAGAAUGUCCGGUGGUUUCCUCUGUAUGUCGGACAAUUUGAUGAAUGGGUCGGACAAUGUCCGUGACCGACCGAUAUUUUAGGCCCGGCUUUCGCUCAAAAUGUUCCAUUUCUCCUUGUAUUUUUUCAAGUAGUUGCGUCCCCGUAAGUUUUACCCUACACUGGCACGAAAUUAAUUAACUAUUCCUAAUUUCCUACUGUUUUAGGAUGAACAAACAAAUGAAGAAAUUGAAAGACUAGAGCGAUUGAGAAGACGAAAGCGACCUGAGGGAAACGACGAUGGCCAGAGCUCAUCACAAGAUAACGAUCGUCCAAACUCUAACGCGGAUGAUGAUGAAUACGAUGAAGAAGAAGAAUUAAAAUAUGGUUUUAAAAGUGUUAUGAUGUUGAUUGUCCCUGUUUCACUUUGCCUCUUUGUUGUUGUUGCGACUGUCACCUCUGUGACAUAUUAUUCCCAAAGUUCUGGACAAUAUCUGUAAGUUCUGUUUUUUCUGUUUUAUUUGAAGUUAGCAAAAUACAAACAAAAUACAAUGCAAGGUAUUGGUCAUUUUGUACUGCAGUCAUUUCCUAAUCAACUGCCUAGUUGUUUCAUACCCAAACUCAGGAGGCACCAUCUUCCAAGAGCACUUUUGGAUAAUGAAAAGGGCACCUGAAAAUUUUCUCGUUAAUGUUGGUGGAGGAAGGAGGGCAAAAAUUUUCCAGCCAUACCAUAUUUAAUGCUUUUAAAUAUAAUACAUUUGCAAAAUCAAAUUUUUUAACAACAUCAAAAUUUCCUAACGAAAAAGGCACCUUUGAUCUUCAUAUAGUAUUUACAGCAACAUUAGCUUGUACAAAAAGGGCACUUUUUAGAAAAUUGUACUUGUCAAGGGGAGAUACCUACCUUUUAUACCUACCUACUUUUAAUAAGAUACACUCAAUAUUUUAAAACACUUGCACAAAUGAUCCAACUUUUAUCUUGCACUAAUGUUACUCAAGUGCUGCUAGAUUUUGCAAUACCUGAACUGUACAUUAAUAAAGAUGAUUUCUGAUAAAAUCUACAUUUAACAAAAUUAAUGCAAUAUUUUUAUAGCAUCUACACACCAUUUCAUGAACAGAAGGGAAUCUCAAAGGCAGAAAAAGCUGGCCAUGCAUUUCUUAAUGCCAUCAUAGUUAUUGGAGUCGUUUUAGGCAUGACAAUUCUUUUGGUCAUUUUGUAUAUGAAAAAAUGUUAUAAGGUUAGUAAUAUGUUGUUUGGGCUUGAUUAUUGUUAUUGGUGGUAGUGUGUUGUCAUUGCAUUGAUAAGCAAGUGAGUUCUGAUGCACAAACACUUGCCGGUCAAUCAAGCUGAAUUUAGAUGGUUACAGCAGUUUCUGUUUGAAAUCACAAAUGUUAACCAUUGAGUAAAAUUGUCUGGUGUUAGACAGAGUAAAAUAAUACAGUAGGCACAUUGGAGUGCAAUGCAACUUGAUGGGUUAAAAACUACAUUGACUACCAUUCAUGAUCUCAAGUAAAACUGCUGGAGCCAUAAUUAAUGGUUAAAUUACUGUAUGUGUAAUGUCCAUGUUUUCGAAAAUAUCUCAUCAUGCAGAUUCUCUUAUCUUGCAGAUUAUUGCUGGUUGGUUAAUCUUGUCAUCUUUAUUGUUACUGUUCUUCUUUAGUUUUAUAUACAUACAGUAAGUACGAUAAUCACAAUUACGAUUAGCAUUUCUACAGUGUGUAUCAAAAUAAUUCGAAUCCAAAUUUGGCGUGUAAUAACGCAGAAUAUAUUUGACAAAUUCGGUUGGUUUUCACACCAUUGUUAAGUUCAUUUAUUUACCUUUCAAAUGACAUGUUGUACGCGUCAUUUAGUUGGAAAAUGAAGGAGUAAUAGCUUUGACAAAAAAAGUCCAUAAAAAUCACAAUUUUCCGCCGAUGGGAAUUGGACAUUUUUUCUUUCAAAGUUAGUCCCACAAGGCUUUGAAAUGCUAAUCAUCACUGAAAACUAAAAUGCAAAUUUAACGCGAAUUUCUUCUCGUUCAAUAUGUUGAAGGCAUAGGAGCUUAAAUCUCUUUAAAUGAACACGAAUUUAUGUAAAUUUUGCUACAUAACAGUUUGUUGAUUAAUUAAAUUUGCAUUAUCUUUUGUUUGUACGUCUCACUUCGAAUUCCCAUCGGCGGAAAAAUUUGACUUCGAGCAACCAGUUUUAACACACGAUUUCUUGGUCAUUUUUGAUCUUAUUGAUACAAGAACGAUAUAAUCGGAAACCUAAUAGGCUAUUCUUUAUUGCCAUAUAAAAAUUAUAUGGUUUACUUUAGUAUUUUAUAAACAGCAGUCUGUCAAAUUUGGAUUCGAAUUAUUUUGACACACUGUAUAACGCAAAUUUACAUGUGGAUAUGAUCAAAUGCACUUUACAUCGAGUAUUAUGCUUACCUAAUUACAUACUUUUGGGGUCACCGUAAUUGGGGAAACCUGUGGCAAAUUCCCUUGUGCUAUAUUAGCCGAAUCUCAUUAAAUCAUACUUAGCCUAGACUAUUUUAUCUUUACAACAAUUCUGAUAUUUACUCAAAUACAGUAAAUUAGUAUUUAACCCUUUAAUGGCAUUGUGUCAUUCCAGAAAACAUGUCAUCCAUACCUCCCCCAUGGAGGAAAUUGGAAGUUAACCCCCUACCCCCUUUGGGCAUCCUAGUACACUUACUGUUAUCGGAAAAAAAAAUUCUUCCCUCCCCCUCCAGAUGGCAGAAAUUUCCUCCAUGGGAGUGUGGAUCUUUUCUGGAACCACACAUUGUGCCUUUAUGCACCAUACUUUGUUAUUUUGAAUGGUCUGUGCCAGUGUAGGUAGUAACGAUAACAAGAAAGCUGUGGAUUGAGACGGUGCUAUACUACUACUUGAAGAAUACAAGCAGAACAUUAACGUUUCUAGCAUUGAAAGAACAAGCUGUAGUUGGUAGGGAUGCAACUACCUGAAAAAUAUAAGGAGAAUUUCGACAUUUCAAGCGAAGAUCCUUCGUCUGGAGUUACUCAAAAGGUCCUUCGCUCAAAACGUCGAAAUUCGCUUUAUAUUUUUCAGUAUCCCCACCAACUAAAGCUUGUUCAUACUAUUGGCACUUACCUACACUGGCACAGACAGUUCUUUCUACAUGGCACUGGCACAGACAGUUAUUUCUAGCGAAGGCUCGUCACUAACUUCACUAUUUUUCUCAAUUUGCAGCUUUUUUGUUAUUUUAUUCUGUGUCUAAUGCCAGACGAUUUUACUUGUCAAGGGGAGAGUUCUGCCAUUCAGUGGGUUAAAUUUCUUUACAUUUUUACUAUGUAUGACAAUAUUUUUUAGGGAGAUAUUACAAGUGUAUAACAUAGCCAUGGAUUAUUUCACUUUGUCACUCAUUGUUUGGAACUUUGGUGUGGUUGGUAUGGUAUGUAUACAUUGGAAAGGACCACUACUCCUUCAGCAGAUAUACCUUAUUCUUGUCAGCGCAUUGAUGGUAAGUAUGGGGUCAAAGAAUCUCCUCAGUAUGUUUAUUGGACAUGCAUUGAUUUUUAUUUUGUCUGCUUGAACUUGUGGAACAAUUACACUCCACAAACACUGGUUAAAAUGUUCCUGGUUAAACUAAAAAAAGCUUGUUAUCGUGAACAAAAAGCUUUCUUGUUUGAGCCUUGUUCUCGUUUGACCAGGGCACGAGAGUUGAGAAAAUUCUCAUGCAAACUCUUCCUUGCCAACUCUAAUCAACUUUCAUCCUAAUAUUUCACCAGGGCUUUACUGUACGCGAUUGACUUUUUAGGCACUGGUGUUUAUAAAAUAUCUUCCAGAUUGGACAACAUGGUUUAUCUUGGGAGCAAUCUCAAUAUAUGGUAAGCAGUUUUACAAAAAACUUUAUUUCACCCAACCUCGCAAGCCAGGGUCUUUUACCUGCCUUGGGGCUUGGGCUACAGCAAUGACCCUGGUUCCCUCUGGUCACGUAAACCCCCAGAUGUUAGGGGUAAUUCGAAUUUCCGCCUCUUUGCCACUUAGGGAGGAGUGGUAGGGGAAAUUGCCACAAAAAGCCAGGAAUGGCCAAGAGCGAAAGUGUAUUUUGACCUCAGACACUCCCUUUAAACGCAUGUUCCAUCAUUUAUCGUUAUUUAGAUCUGUUUGCAGUGCUGUGUCCCAAUGGUCCACUUCAAAUCUUAGUACGGACUGCACAAGAAAGAAAUGAACCAAUAUUUCCCGCUCUUAUUUACUCUUGUAAGUUGACUAAAGCCGGAUUUUCUACCAGGAAAAUUUGUUCGUAAGAAGCGAAAUAUAGAUUUCGGUUGGUUUGUGAAAACAAGUUUUUGCGGCGAUUCACAUGGUUAAAAUUCGGUAGUAAAAAGAUAUUUGACAAAAUCAAAUUUUCUUUAGUAAUUUGCUACGGCAGUUUCACCAUGUUCAGGUAUAAACAAAUGUGUUGUUAGGGAGUUUAAACUAGACGUUUGGAAAUGGCAGAGUCAAAACUUUUUUGGGAGGAGUUUGAUUUAAUAUAUCUCCGCGUAAUAUUUUGCUUUUCAUAUAAAAAAAAUCAUACAAUAACAAGUUCGUCUACUCUUUACUGCCUGAUACACGGGGGAGGGGAGGAGUGAGGGCGAGAGAGAGGGAAAAUCUCUUUGCCGGGUGUUUGUUGUCAUUCGUCGUCCUAUUAUGAUGUCACUCUAUGCGUUGUUGUGGGGUAAAGAUCAAAGAGAACAACUAUAUUUAUCAUAUGAUUACCUAUACGGAUUUUCUGUACAUUUCUAAGCAACAAUCAUGUGGGGUAUUGGCAUGGCAAACGAGAACGAACCAGGACGAACAACAGAAGAACCAGUGAACACUGAAGCAUUUGAUCAAGUCUCUGAUGAAGGAGACGGUCCAUCACGUAGCGAAGCAAGUCAUGCUGUCUCCGCUUUGGCAGGACAAGAUAGAGAAAGUAACAGAAAUUAUGAGGAUGAAGAGAGUAAGUUUUGGAGGAGGGAAGAAGGGUGAGGGUGUUAGAGAAAGAGGUCAACACGCCUUACAUCUUGUUAACAAAACAGAGAAAAAACCUUGGCGAUUUAGUCCAUCCAUUUCCACUCGCUUCACUCGUUUGUUUGCUUGUUCCUUUUUUAUUCCUGUCUAUUUCAUGCAUAAAUUUUAUCUCUCUCCCUUCAUUCAAAAAAAUGUUCUCGUAACUUAUAUUUCAUGUUCUGGGACCAAAUGGUCCGAUAUUUUCCACACCUUUGUGAACAAAUAUAAUCUUUGACUGGAGGUUAAACCAGGAGACUUUCCUCUUGUUGCUACAAAAAUAGGUGAUGAGCACUAGGGAUGAGCCGAUUAAUCGGUAAAUAAUCGGCAAAGCCGAUUAAUCGGCCGUUUUUUAAAUAAUCGGUAAUCGGCCGAUUAUUGUCUGAUAAUCGGCAAAUAAUCGGCCAUAAGACUUUCUCUGCAGCUGCCAAUCACAUGCUAAAAUACUGAAUACAAGCGAAUAGAUUUUCACAUUUUGUUGCAAAACCUGUGCCUUCUUUCGUCUCAAGUGAAGUGAAGCUGGGAACAUUUCCACUAAAAAAGCGCAGCAGACUAGCUCCGCAUAUUGUCUUGUUUUUACACCAUAAUCUGCCAAAACUAAACUUUGACUAUUGACAUGCGAGACUGAAGCUGUUUUUAAUUGUACAAAGUGUGUAUUGUAAACAAUAAAACCGCAUUUAUAACUUCAUUGUUGGUCAUCCUGUGACUUUUCGCUUGCUUUUUAAAAUAAUCGGUGGGUACCGAUUAAUCGGCCGAUUAGUUACAAUAAUCGGCUUAUAAAUAAUCGGCCUCAGUAAUCGGCAAUUUUUCUUAUCGGCUCAUCCCUAAUGAGCACCAAGAUGGGCCAACUUGUGCGAGGACUAGUUUCACUUUCUCUAUUUCAACAUUUAUGACAAAAUAUGAACCAUGUUACUUGUUAAUCUUCGUUUCGUGUUUCUGUUCAGAGGGCGUAAAGCUGGGUCUUGGAGACUUUAUCUUUUACAGUGUUCUGGUUGGAAAAGCUUCAUCGUAUGGUGAUUGGAAUACAACAAUAGCUUGUUAUGUUGCUAUUCUUAUCGUAAGUUAAUGUUUUGAUACAGUAAUGGAUUAGGAGUGUUUUAUCAGGUAUAGAACACGAGGCGACAGCCGAGGGUCUUAUAUCUGAUAAAGCACGAACUGGGAGUUCAUUGGCAAAGUAAUUUUAAAAUCAGUAUUAGCCUAUUAAUACGUGACGAUGUUGAAAAAUAAAGUGUGAACUCAGGGGGGGGGGGGGUGAGUGAAAUUUUGCCAAGAUAUUUCUGCAACGUUCUCAGAAUACUUGUCCAGGGGGGGGGAGGAAAAAUGUUUUCAACAUACGUACCAUUUCUCCUUAUUUUUUUUUAUUCUUUUCCUAAAUUUGGCAAAUUUUUUGGUAGAAGUUCGACUUUUCAGAAGUUUGACUCAAAUAUUUUAUUUUCGUUCCUUUCUAUCCAAUUUAUGUUUUGACGACUGGUACAAGACAAUUUGCCGAUUAACUUACGAGUGGAGUGUUCCCUCCCCUCCCCUCUAGUGACGCCCCUGUGUGAACUGAGUCUUUUGGAUGUAUUUAACACCCAAAUAAUGGUUUCCAUUAUGGUGUUAACGUGGUUUCUGCUAUUUUUUGGAACGUGAAACAUUUACGAUUUUAGCCCUUGUAUCCUGUUCAGACAGGGAUGUAUCAUGAUGGUCCAAGAUGACGUCAUUGUGAAGAUGUCAAUUGCAAUUUAUCUCUUGUUCUAGGGAUUGUGUUUAACAUUACUACUGCUGAUGAUAUUCAAGCGAGCUCUGCCUGCACUCCCCAUAUCCAUUGCAUUUGGACUCGUCUUCAAUUUUGCAACCAGUGAACUGGUAAAACCUUUUACAGAUGAACUUGCCAGCAAACAAGUGUUUAUAUAAGGUGAAAUUAUCAAUAGACGUUUCCCAAGAUAAAUAUCAGGGCAUCUCACUCGGUAUAACUAAAUGUUGGAGGGUUUUUGUAGAUGGAGAUUUCGAUUCCUGCCAGAGGGCCUAUAGUUGCAUUUUUCGCAACUGUUCCUGGUUAGGUCUACAAUGUAAAAAAAUAGGUACGCUGUAGCGUACAUGGCAUCUACUGGAUCAAGAACAAAGAAUGCUUAAUGAUGAAUGAUAAAACCAUUUAUCGGAAACAGUUCGGAAACUUUCGUAGAUGCGCGGGCUUUAACCUAACCAAAGAGCCUGUUCGCAGGAGAAGUGAACCGUCCACUACAUACAUAUAUCUAAACUCCCCAUCGACAGUAUAUGGAGACUACUGUUCCAGUAGACGCCAAAAAUGACACUCGAAAUUUCCAUCUACAAAAAAACCGCCAACAUUUAGUUUCCCAAGAGAGUUUCACAUCCUCGUCUAAGGCCACUUUUCGCGUGGUAUAAGUCAUUUUCAGAAUUCCUUGGUUAGUGACUAAUUUCUAUAAGGUUGCGCGAUAUUUUUUCAUUAAAUAUAGUACUUAUAUUGUGAACCUUUCUAUAGCUUUCUUUUCAUAAAUUAUUUGUAAUUUUUACAUUUAUUUUCUACAAAAAAAUUUCAAUUUUCGUUAAUGUCCACACAAAAACAAAGUCGGGUCGAGUACAUAUUCAACAGUGUGUCGCUCCUGAUGUUUUUUCAACCAUAUUUCAACACCAUUAAAUCUCGUAUACCCUGAAGGAUCGCAUGCUCAGGGCACGAGGUUGGACACAAUUCAAAAUGGAACGAGGUCGUCAAGUUAUCUUGGGAAACGUCUAUUCUGCAUGGCCGAGAUGGAAAUAUUUUGCACCGCAAUCGAUCGCUGUACAUCUUUUAAAUGGACAACAGUAAACUGUUCGUCUAAUCAUAAUUAAAUUGUAAGUACUCGCAGGUCUAAGGAAAUAACCUAAAUAGUCACAGGAAAACAUUUUUAAAAUACCAUUAAUGGUAAAUAAUUAAACAACAUGGUUUUUACCAAACCAAUAAAUAGUGGUGAGAGUUCUGUUUUUCCAUGAAUGGUUUCAACAUGGCAAAUCUUUGAAAAUCAUGUAAAAUCCAUUAAUGGGAAAAGUAAUUCUUCAUUUGGGAAUUAUCAAGCUGGCUGGAGACUCACGAGUCGCGGUUGUCGCAGACAACAGUCGGCGGUAGUCGCCAGACGUUCUAAUUCAGAUCAAAUUCUCGGAAUUGUGAGAAUGAUCGCACAUGGAAUACGAUAAUGAAAAUCCCCUGUCUGCAAUGCUCGCCAGUGAUCGAGGAAUAGAAAUCGGCAACUGUUGGAGAGUGUCACUGAGGUCUUAGCCAUGAUCCCGCUUUGGGAUGAGGGAUAAUUUGACGAAUUGAAAUAUUAAAGUCACGGUUCAUUGAUUCAGCAAAACUACAUUAUUUUCCUAGUGAUAGAUAGCAAACAAAGGGUUGUUCAAGUUUCUCGUCAAACAUUUCAGUCAACAUCGCACAUCCCAUCAAACUGAGAUCAUGUAAACACCCCCUAAAUCUCUAUAUGAUAGUCUAUUUGAGAGACAAGAUAAUAGACAGAUUUAGAUCAAGGACGCGGACGUCAAAGACGACGCGAAAAUGGCGUCAAAAUGGCGUGGCAUAUCCAUACAUGGGCACAACACGCCAUUUUCACAUCGUCUUUGACGUCCGCGUCCUCUAUCUAAAUCUGUCUAGUGAGAAACAGAAAACGUCAUCAGAUUGUCUAUUUUGACUGAAUAAUUUUUAAAAAUUCACAGUUUAAAAGCUACGGCUUAUUUGAAUUUUUAAUAAAUUCUCAAUUGUGCAAUUGUACUGACAAUUUAUAUUUUAGAUGAUUAUAAGUCACUAUGAAACAUUUUACAAUAAGAAUGAAUGGUUCUACAAUCUACACAUGUUCUCCUUUUCUGCUGUCUUGGCCUACAGAUUCUGAGGUAUUCUCUUUGGUAGAUGGAUUUGCUAUAGGACUUGUUGAGUAUAUGUAGAUAGAUGUACACACAAUCAAUAUAGCGAAGAGAGUGUAACUUGUGAUAGCCUUGCCAAAUAAAAGCCACACCAGUAGGGCAGUAAAUAUUAUCUCCAAUGAUGCACCAAACUGCUUUAAAAUUGAAUUGAGUUUUUUGAGCAGGAUUGCAGUAACUAACCCAGCAAUGGUGUUGUUUAGGAUAAUCGCAAGCACAAUCGGUUCUUUGAGAGCGGCAAGUCCUUCUGGGCUAACAGCUUUGGAGAAUGAACCAUUGAAAUACAUGUAACCAAAGUUACAGAUUAUUGAAUCAAGGUACAUGAAAAAGCUCUGUGUUAGGAAAGGGACGUCACCUGCCUUUCCUUUUAGGAGGUAUUCGUUAUAAACACCUGCAAUGCAGGAGCUGAAUAUCUGAACAAGCAUUAAAAGUAGGUAUUUGUCCACUCGAAAGUUGAAGGAAGAGCUUUCUGCUGAGCUGUGCCCGAUGUGUUGAACAAUGCAACCAAAGGUGAGAAGACCAAGUGAAAACCACUGUUUGAGAGACAAUUGUUUGCUAAAUAGUACCUAGAGGUAAGGAAGUACAUAGUUACCAGCCAACCUAGUAAAUUGAUUGUCUGAAAAGUGUAUUCUCAAUGAGAUCUGGUUUUUGA